AUGGUUAAAGUCAUUAAAGAAGUGGGUAAAAGACAGAGAUUAGAAAGGACAAGGGAAGAUGAGUCAAAAUCUUUUUCAUUUCUCGAGGUUAUUGAACGUGUGGAUUCUCUUCCAAUAAACUAUAAUGAGUUUGGCAAUUUCCAAGAAAAGGUAUACCAUUUAAUCACACAUGAUGGAAGAAGGAUAGGUUUUGUGUUGAAAUUUGUCAUUGAUGAGAUGAGGUUUGUAGCAGAAGAUAUAAUGAAACAGAUGUUCACGGUCGAUGAAAAAUAUCAUGGAUUGAGAUUUAAGAGCUCAAAUUUUGACGAAAGAAAUAAGCAAUUAGAUAUUCUUUCGAAAGAUAUGUAUCUGAAGUCUUCCAUUGCUGGUGUAAAAGGAUGGCGAAAUGAGAAAUAUGCUGUUUGGGUUGACAGAACCCCAUAUAUUCUACUGGAACGUGCAAUGGCCGGAGUAAUGGGUAUCAUUACAUAUGGCAUUCAUAUCAAUGGAUAUGUUCAAGAAAAUGAUAACGAUGAACUUAAAAUAUGGGUUCCAAGAAGAUCUGCCACUAAGCAAACGUGGCCCUUGAUGUUGGAUAAUAUUAUCGCAGGUGGUCUUGGAUACCCCUGCAGCAUUGAAGAAACUGUAAUAAAGGAAAGUAUUGAGGAAGCAAAUUUAGAAGAAAAAAUAAUUAGGGAAAAUAUCCGUCCAGCAGGUAUGGUAUCGUACUUAUAUUACCCAAAUGAUGUCACUACUGACACAUUUGAGGAUGAACGAAGUUUUAUUGUUGGAGAAAUUGAAUAUGUGUAUGAUUUAAAAGUGUCAGCUGAUGUGAUUCCAAGGCCUAAUGAUGGGGAAGUAGAGAGUUUCUCGUUAAUGGACCUUCAAGAUGUGAUUACUGCUCUCCAAAACAAAGAAUUUAAACCAAACUGUGCUCUCGUCAUGGUAGAAUUUUUAGUUAGACAUGGGUAUAUUACCACGGAAAACGAACCUCAUUACGGUGAAUUAAUCAAUAGAAUGCAUAGAACUUUACCAUUCCCAACUUUGAAUUAG